AUUCUAUAUGAAAGGGAUAUUGCUCGAAUGUUUACAAUGCAGACUCUGAUAAGCAGUACAUUACGCCAUUCUGCAUUCGGUGUCAGAGAUAGCGUUUCUCAGUGAGAGAUAAUAUUUCGUUUUCGAGAGCGUCGCAAGGUCAUUUUUCAUCAUAUUUAUAUUCUAUUCCUCCUGAGGAUAUGGAUACCAAGAUGGACGCAGAGCUGAUCAAGAACGAAGAGAGGCAGGGUGUCGAUGAAGCGACCGAGGAAGCCACCGAAGCCCCUCAACCGGUACAGCAGGGACCACCCUCUUAUGUUGGUUAUCCUAACGGCCCGACCCAACCACAGGGGAUGUAUGUAUCUCAGCCUCAGCAGCCAACUUACAUCAUCCAGAACAUUCCUGCCCAGCAAUCCCCGGGAUGCUGCACUGGCAAAUCUGAUUGGUUCAAAGAAUCGGUUGGCAUGACAACAGGUAUCGUCCAGCUCAUCAUCGCUAUCGUUGCCAGCAUCCUAUCUGGAGUAGCCAUCUGGCUUCAGGUCGAGGCUGAUAUUUACGUCGGCCCAAUGGGGACGCCAAUCGGUGCAACCCUAUUCAUAUUUCUCCCCGCUGGAAUUCUUGGAGCUUGCUCUAAGAACAAGAGUAACUGUGUGAUCGUGGCAUACCUCGUGAUGUCAGUCCUGGCUGCUAUCCAGGCAGGCUUCGUGUGUGCAAUGGAGUCGAUAUUGGCUGCGGUCAGCUUCCAUUCAGUCUGCCCCGAUAUCCCAGACUAUCGUGAUUAUCCUCCAUUCGAUGUCCAUGGGUUUGAGUAUCCUGACAUCGCAGUCGACUACGCCUGUUCCUGGGAGCGUUUCAAGUGCCUUACUGCCGUUCACGCCGUGAUCGCUGUCCUGAUGUUCGCCGAGUUCAUCGUCGCUAUCGUAGCUGCUGCCACCUGCUGUGGCGGUCUCAAUUGCUGCUGCCCUCGACAACAGACAGAGCAGACCCGCUCCAAUGCCAUGAUGUACUAUCCUCAGGCUGGCGUUCAACCUCUCCAAGCCCAGAUGGGUACUCAUGUUGUCCAGGGAACUGAGCUACCGAUGAAGGCCUAGGAUGGACAAGAGAGGGCGAUCUCACUUUUCAGAUGUCGAUGACUGCAUUCACUGACGACCAUUAAUUUUUCUCAAUUUUACAUAAUUAAUUUACAUAAUGAAAUACAACCAAAAUUAGAUAUAUAAUCCCCGGAUAUAAUCAGUACUUCCACAUACUUGAAGCGUUACAAUAGAUGUGAAUUAAUGAAAUGAUACUGAGUUAUCAGUAGAUGUAUACGAAAUUGAUCCAUUAAAAUAGAAUGCAGUCACAAUAAUCAUGAUAAUAAAACAAAGAUUAGAUUCAUUAUCGUCACUCAUUUCGGAUUAAUAAACCAAUAAUGAUAAAGUUAAUGGUGGUGAUGAUAGUCAGUUAGGUUAUGGCAUCUGUUGAGAAGAAGAAAUACUGUAAAUAUGAAAUGUUGAUGUUAUACAACUUCUGUCUUUCUUGACUAUAGGAAAAGAUAUAUAUACGUUCAGGCUGAGAAUGUAUUGCCCAAUAGAAAAAGGGUACUUUUGGCAAAUUGCCCUACCCCUCCAAAGAGAGUUAUGGUUUAUGGGCUAAUUUUCAUUUCGUCCGAUGCCAAUUCAUCCUAUUGCCAAAUCGUCUACUUUCAUUAUUUUUGUCUACCAUCAGUUCGUCCAAUAUUCACAUUGUCUAAUUGCCAUUUCGUCCACCCACCAUAAUAACCAAUUGGUCCAAUAGCCAUUUAGUCCAUAUACCAUCUGGUCUAAGUAAGUGUUAAUUGGGCAAAAUGAAUGAAAAUAAAACGAAUAUCAUUGUGAGAUGAAAUGGUCAUAGACCAACUGGUGAUUAGACGAAGUGAUGAUUGGACCAAUAGUUAUUGGACCAAAUGGCUGUAAGACGAAAUGUCGAUGGACGGAAUGACAUUAGACUAAAUGAGGGUAUACCAUGUGGUGAGUGUACGGGUGGACGAAUUGGCAAUUUACCGGUUUAUGUAUCCAAUUAUAUUUCUUAUAAUUUUUUAUGUAUAACGUAAGUGCAUUAAGAUUAUCAUUAUUUCAUGAAACAAAAUCGAGUGUGUUAUAUGCAACAUUGAAAAAGUGGCUGGAAAUGAUUUGAUGAUAAAUAAUAUGAAAAAGAACAUUCUUUAAAAUAUAUUAUUCAUAGAUCAAUUAUUGUUCGUUAUUAAGGUAUUUUGAGAUUUUUUUUUGCAUUUUCUUCUAUUGCAGUAUAUUUUUUCUGAAAUUUCAUCAUAUUCUAUUUCGUGUUUUCUUGUAAUAGAAGUCAAUGUAUAUUCAUUUUGCAAUGUAAUAGUGUGGUCAUUUAGAGGUUGAUUCGUUAUUCUUUUCUUUUGUAUGAAAAUGUGUCAGUGCGAUUUGUUUUUAACACGUUAUCCAUGAGUAAAUUCAACAAUAAAAAACUAUUAAUGAUAUUAAUAAGAACGUAUAGGCUAGUAAAGAGGGAUCAUUAUGAAAAGGAUCUGUACGAAAUGAGGUUUUUGCACUGUUAUUUUAAUUCUUGUAGUUCUUAUACCAAGGAGAUCCGCAAUGAAGUUGAAUGUAUCACGUCAAUCAAUAAUUUUCAUUUUUUAUAGUUGGUGAAAUUGUGACUAUAUUCUUUCACAUAAUAAAAAUAUGGCAGCUUUCAUAGUAA